AGUGUUUAGCCAACUAGCCAGAUUUCGUUGCUUCACACUUCCAAAAUGUUCAAACUCGUCUUGGUUUUAUCUCUUUGUUACAUCGCUGCAGAACUUCGACACACCAAAAGAAGUGACAGCUGUGAUCAGCUCAAGGCCUGCACCAACCCUUGGACUGACGAUUUUAUCCAGAAGCUCUAUGAGAAAGGCGAGGCAUUCUAUGAACAGUUUUGUCAGAAAGCAAAAGCCUUCAGCACCUGCUAUGCUAAAGCUAAGGACACAUGCGACGAUAAGACGUUUAAAGAUGUGCAGGGGCGUGAAAGCGACCAGGGUGUUUUCCUGUGCUCAAAAAAGAACAAAGAUGAUCUUUUUGCCUUUGCUGAGUCGGAAUGCGCCAAGAACAAGACGCUAGACAAUAUGACACGAAUUGAGUUGAAAGCUUGUAUGAGAAACUACAGUUCAAAAGAUAAGCAAAAUUGUAGUUCGCCAGCCAUCAAAUGCCAGUUUCUGGAUGCGCUCAAAUUCUGUAUACUCGUCAAAAAUGUUCAAUACUGUGGCCGAGACGGAUUUUUAGUGGCCCGUUGGUGGGAAGCGAAAACUGCAAGCACCUUCACAUCGUUAAACUGUACUAACAGAUUUGAAAUGCUAGUUCCAUUACUGUCUGCGCAAGCCAAACUACAAGGAUGAACAUUUUAUCCUGUAUAUUGUAAAAGUCUAUGUUUUAAAUGUCAUAAAUA